AUGAGUACCCAACCACCAUCACAAUCUCCAACAACUACAAAGAGCAAGGGAAAAACUUCCCAAAACUCCGAACCCUCACAAAGUUUAAAGGCACAUUGGGACACAAAAUCCAUUGAAAUUUUUGUCAAACUUUGUGUGGAGCAAGUGAAAGCAGGUCACAGACUUGGUACACACUUAGAUAGGGUUGGUUGGGAAGCAGUUAUUAACAAGUUCAAAAUUGCAACUGGAACGUUAUAUGUUCGCCUUCAGCUUAAAAAUCGUUGGGAUACCUUAAAAAAGGAGUGGGAUCUUUGGAAAAAUCUAUUGAGAGGUGAGACUGGGCUAGAGUUAGAUCCCUUGACUGGGGCUAUCAUGGCAUCUGAUGAUUGGUGGAAUUUGAAGCUGCAGGCAUACACCCCAAGCUCUGGAGUGUUUAUUGACACUAAGGGAUCUCACACCCCACUUGGUGAUGAUACUGAUAUAAAAAUCCAUCCGUCUGAAUUGAGCAACCAAUGUCGUCGCCAAAAAGAGGGUCUAUCAAAGAAGCAAAAGGGAAACAAAAAACAAUCAGCUGCCGGUGAGUUGAAUAAGACACUUAACCGUAUUGUCAACGCAAUAGAGGCAUCAUCUUCAACUGGUACACAGGAUGUUACUAUGCAAAAUCCGCACACAAUAACUGAGUGUUUAGCUAAGAUUAGCACAAUCUCUAACAUUAGUGAAGGCGAUGACCUUUUAGUUUGGGCUGCAAGGUUGUUCAUGAAAUCCUCACUCUGUGAGUUUUUCAUGGCUUUGCCUAAUGAUGUGUUACGUUUGAAGUUUAUUAAUCUUGAAAUUGCCUUGGAAAAGGCUCACAUUUUUGGUUAUCGUGAUUAG